GGCGGCUGCUCCGUGCUCGCGCUGGGACAAUGCGGAAAUGCGCUGAGCUGGGAGAGCCAGCAGGUGUCUGUAGUCCGGGAAGGGUUUCGACAGGAGCGAGCUGCAAUGAGAUUACAGCUAAACGGCACGCAAACAUGACCGAGUCCAUGGACACGAGGGAGAAGUAAGGAGAGCAAUUGCGUGGCUACUUUUUUCUCCCUCCUUUUUUUUUUUACUUUUUCGUUUGCCUCCCUCUCUCGGUCGCUUUUUUUUUUAAACUGGUCAUUUAACACUUAGCUCACCUUCAGCUUGCGUCCAUACCUGCGCUGGGAGCGGCGUGCGGGGAGGAGCAAAGAGUGGAGGAGUGUUUAACACUUGUGUUUUCAGAAGACGAAGAAUUAAAAAAAAAACCAAGAAGCCUAGCCUGUUUUAAAGAAAAGGGAUUCAUCAGCACACACACACACAAAAGAUAAUAACUAGAAAAAGAAAAACAAUCUUUCGUUCUGGAGUUAUAAACCUGUGCCUACGCGAAAAUGGCGACCGCCGGACAGUCAUCUCUCUAACCGGGGCAAUACUUUAAAUGGGAAUAUAUGCGUUUUUUUUCCAUAAUAACAGCUGAGGAAUUGUGACCAGGCUACAUGGUCCUGUUUCUUUUGGUGAUCAGAAGCUAACCCAUCUCCGCGGAAAAAAUGUCAGUCAACGAACUCUAUACAAAGUACACCAGAGUGUGGAUUCCAGAUCCUGAAGAUGUCUGGAAGCCAGCUGAAAUCACCAAAGACUACAAGGAGGGGGACCGGGUCAUGCAUCUCAAACUCGAAGAUGAAACGACGCUGGAGUAUCCCAUCAACCCCAAGGACAACCAGCUGCCUUUCCUGCGAAACCCAGACAUCCUGGUGGGGGAGAACGACCUGACGGCCCUCAGCUACCUCCACGAGCCCGCCGUCCUGCACAACCUGAAGGUGCGCUUCCUGGAGUCCAACCAUAUCUACACCUACUGCGGGAUUGUUCUUGUUGCCAUAAACCCUUAUGAGCAGAUGCCCAUCUAUGGAGACGAUGUGAUCUACGCCUACAGCGGCCAGAACAUGGGUGACAUGGACCCCCACAUCUUCGCGGUGGCAGAAGAGGCUUACAAGCAGAUGGCUAGAGAUGAGAAGAACCAGUCCAUCAUUGUGAGUGGAGAGUCAGGGGCAGGGAAGACCGUGUCUGCCAAGUACGCCAUGCGAUACUUUGCCACUGUGGGCGGGUCAGCCAGCGACACCAAUGUGGAAGAGAAGGUGCUUGCCUCCAGCCCAAUCAUGGAGGCCAUUGGAAAUGCCAAAACCACCCGAAACGACAACAGCAGCCGUUUCGGAAAAUACAUUCAGAUCGGCUUCAACAAGCGAUAUUACAUCAUCGGAGCCAACAUGAGGACUUACCUACUGGAGAAGUCGAGAGUGGUCUUUCAGGCUGAAGAUGAGAGAAACUAUCACAUAUUUUAUCAGCUGUGCGCCUCUGCUAGCCUGCCCGAGUUUAAGGAUCUCUCAUUGACCUCGGCAGAGGACUUCUUCUACACCUCGCAGGGCGAGAACAUCUUCAUUGAUGGGGUGAACGACGCCAAGGACUUCGAGAAGACCAGGAAAGCCUUCACGCUGCUCGGUGUGAAGGAGAGUCACCAGAUGAACCUCUUUAAGAUUAUUGCCUCCAUCCUCCACCUGGGCAACGUGGACAUCCGGUCAGAGCGCGACGGUGACUCCUGCUACAUCCCUAAAGGCGACGAGCACCUGAACCACUACUGCGACCUGCUGGGCGUGGAGCACGACCAGAUGGAGCACUGGCUGUGCCACCGCAAGCUGGUGACCACGGCGGAGACCUACGUCAAGCCCAUGUCCAGGCAGCAUGCCCUCAACGCUCGCAACGCGCUCGCCAAGCACAUCUACGCCGAGCUCUUCAACUGGAUCGUGGAGCACAUCAACAAGGCACUGUACACCAGCACCAAGCAGCACUCCUUCAUCGGCGUGCUGGACAUUUACGGGUUCGAGACGUUUGAGGUCAACAGUUUCGAACAGUUCUGUAUCAACUACGCCAACGAGAAGCUGCAGCAGCAGUUCAACUCACAUGUCUUCAAACUGGAGCAGGAGGAGUACAUGAAGGAGCAGAUCCCCUGGACCCUGAUCGACUUCUAUGACAACCAACCUUGCAUCGACCUUAUUGAGGCCAAGCUGGGCAUCCUGGAUCUGCUGGACGAGGAGUGCAAGGUGCCCAAGGGGACAGACCAGAACUGGGCGCAGAAGCUGUAUGAUAGGCAUUCCAACUGUCAGCACUUUCAGAAGCCAAGGAUGUCUAACACCUCCUUCAUCAUAGUGCACUUUGCAGACAAGGUGGAGUACCAGUGUGACGGAUUCCUGGAGAAGAACCGGGACACUGUGUAUGAAGAGCAAAUCAACAUCCUCAAGGCCAGCAAGUUCCAGCUGGUGGCUGACCUCUUCCAAGAUGGAAAAGACACUCCCGUGCCCACCCCUUCCAGCAAGGGAUCCAAGAUCAACGUGAGGGCUGCCAAGCCGGCCCUCAAAGCCCCCAACCGCGAGCACAGGAAAACCGUGGGGCACCAGUUCCGCAACUCACUUCACCUGCUCAUGGAGACGCUCAACGCCACCACCCCUCACUAUGUGCGCUGCAUCAAGCCCAACGACGAGAAGAAGGCCUUCUCGUUUGACUCCAGCAGAGCAGUGCAGCAGCUGCGGGCCUGUGGGGUUCUGGAGACCAUUCGGAUCAGCGCCGCUGGGUAUCCAUCCAGGUGGACCUACCCAGACUUCUUCAACAGGUACCGGGUGCUGAUGAAGAAGAAGGACGCUACAAAUUCAGACAAAAAAGCUGUUUGCAGGAACCUGCUGGAGACCCUGAUUAAGGACCCCGACAAAUUCCAAUUUGGCAAAACCAAGAUCUUCUUCCGAGCUGGCCAGGUGGCCUACCUGGAGAAGCUGCGGGCGGACAAGUUCCGCUCGGCCUGCAUCAAGAUCCAGAAGACGGUGCGCGGCUGGCUGCAGAGGGUCAAGUACAGAAAGAUCCGGAAGUCCGCCAUCACCCUGCAGAGAUAUGGCCGAGGUUACCUGGCCCGCAGGCUGGCGGAGCAGCUGAGAAGGACGCGGGCCACCCUGGUGUUCCAGAAGCAGCGCAGGAUGGUGCGCGACCGGCGGGCCUACCUCGGAGUGCGGCAGGCCGUCAUAACCAUUCAGGCCUUCGCGAGAGGCAUGUUCACCAGACGGAUUUAUCAGGAGUUCCUGCUGCACCACAAGGCGGUGAUCAUUCAGAAGACUGUAAGAGGCUGGCUGGAGAGGAAGAAGUUUCAGCGCGCCCGGAAUGCUGCCAUCACCAUCCAGUGCGCGUACAGGCGCCUGCAGGCCAAGAGGCAGCUGAAGCAGCUCAAGAUCGAGGCGCGCUCAGCGGAGCACCUCAAAAAGCUCAACAUCGGCAUGGAGAACAAGAUCGUGCAGCUGCAGCGCAAAAUGGACGAGCAGAGCAAGGAACACAAGGCCCAGACCGAACAGCUGGCGGCAGCCAACUCCACCUUCGCCACAGAGGUGGGGAAGCUGCAGAAGGAGCUGGAGCUCUUCCGCAGCCGGCAGGGAGACAGCAACCAGCUCAGCUCCCUGCAAGAAGAGGUGGAGAGGCUGCGAGCGGAGCUGGAGAGAGCCCAAGCCCAGCACACACAGCUGGAGGAGGAGCACUCCACGGAGAAGGCCAGCCUCCUGCAGAGAGUGGAGGAUCUGGAGAAGGAGAAUACCCUGCUGAAGGAGGAGAAGGAAGAGAUGAACCAGAAGAUUCUGCGCCAGUCCAAGAACAAUGCAGACCAGGUCACCAGCGUCUCUCAGAAGGAGACCCACCUGCAGUCCGAGCUGGAGGAGGAGCGCCGGCGCUACCAGAACCUGGUGAAGGAGUACUCCCGGCUGGAGCAGAGAUACGAGAACUUGCAGGACGAGGUCUCUCUGGCCAAGUUCCAUCCCGGACACAGGAGGAACCCGUCCAAUCAGAGCAGUCUGGAGUCAGACUCCAACUACCCCUCCAUCUCCACCUCCGAGGUGGGCGACACAGACGACGCCAUCCAGCAGGUGGAGGACAUGGGCCUGGAGAAGGCGGCCAUGGACAUGAGUCUCUUCAUGAAGCUGCAGAAACGCGUGAGGGAGCUGGAGCAGGAGAGACGCCGGCUCCAGGCUGACAUGGAGAAGAUGGAGGAGCUCGUCAAGCGCAAGGGGAACGAGCACAAGAGCACAGCGGAUCAAGAUGAGGACCGCAACGCCGACUCAGCCUACAACAGUCUCAAGAGACAAGAGCUGGAGUCUGAAAACAAGAAGCUGAAGAAUGACCUGAACGAGCUGAGGAAGGCCAUCGCCGAGAGGGCCACGCAGAACAACUCCUCCAAUGAGCUGCAGGAGAGCUACAAUCUGCUGCUCAACCAGCUCAAGGCGGCCAAUGAGGAGCUGGAGGUGCGAAAGGAGGAGGUACUAAUCCUGAGGACGCAGAUCGUGAGCUCCGCCCAACAAAAGGAACCAGACAAACGCAUUGAACCCAGCACUAUGCCUGAGUGGAAUAACAGCAACAAGAACAUGAACAGGGACGAGGCCAUUCAGGCCUACCAUGGGAUGUGCGAGUCCAAAAACAAGGCCCAGGACUGGGGCUACUUGAACGAAGAUGGGGAGCUGGGCCUGGCCUACCAGGGUUUAAAGCAAGUCGCCAGGCUGCUGGAAGGCCAGCUCCAGACACAGAGCCGGCAGCACGAGGACGAGCUGGUGGCCCUGCGCACCCAGAUCGAGGUCCUGAAGGACGACAUCGAGAGGAAGCAGGAGCUGCUCAGCCAGACCCUCUCUCUCUCGCCCGAAGCGCAAGUGGAGUUCAGCAUCCAGCAGGAGAUCACCCGGCUCACCAACGAGAACCUGGACCUGAAGGAGCUGCUGGAAAAACUGGAGAAGAACGAGAAGAAACUGAAGAAACAGCUGAGGAUCUACAUGAAGAAGGUCCAGGAGCUGGAAGUAUCCCAGACUUCGGAGAAGACGGAGAGGCCGCGCCAUGAGCUCACCCGGCAGGUGACAGUGCAGAGGAAAGACAAGGAUUUCGAGGGCAUGCUGGAGUACUGCAAGGAGGACGAGGCCCUGCUGGUGAAAAUCCUCAUCACAGACAUGAAACCGCAGAUGGUGUCGGCCACCGUGCCCUGUCUGCCUGCCUACAUCCUCUUCAUGUGCAUUCGACACGCCGACUACAUGAACGACGACCAGAAAGUGCACUCCCUGCUCACCUCCACCAUCAACGCCAUCAAAAAAGUGUUAAAGAAGCACAAUGACGACUUCGAGACGACCUCCUUCUGGCUAGCGAACACGAGCCGUCUGCUGCACUGCCUGAAGCAGUACAGUGGGGAUGAGGCCUUCAUGACACAGAACUCGUCCAAGCAGAAUGAACACUGCCUGAAGAACUUCGACCUGGCGGAGUACAGGCAGGUCCUCAGCGACCUCUCCAUUCAGAUCUACCAGCAGCUCAUCAAGGUGGCAGAGGGCAUGAUGCACCCCAUGAUAGUGUCGGCGAUGCUGGAGAGCGAGAGCAUCCCCAGCCUGGCCGGCGUGAAGCCGAUGGGCUAUCGCCACCGCUCGUCCAGCAUGGACGGGGACAGCUACUCCCUGGAGGGGCUGAUCCGCCAGCUGGGCAUCAUCCAGGGCACCAUGUGUGACCACGGCCUGGACCCCGAGAUCAUCCGGCAGGUCUUCAAGCAGCUCUUCUACAUGAUCAACGCCGUCACGCUCAACAACCUGCUGCUCAGGAAGGACGUGUGCUCCUGGAGCACAGGCAUGCAGCUCAGUGCUCACCGCGCAGCACCACACUACAAAUUUCUCAUUGUCUCUCUUGACCCCUCCCUGCAGGUUGUGAAGAUUCUCAACCUAUAUACUCCUUUGAAUGAGUUUGAAGAACGAGUCACAGUAUCCUUCAUUCGGGACAUUCAGGGCCUGCUCCGUGACCGCAACGAUCCUCCUCAUCUUCUGGUGGACACCAAACACACCUUCCCAGUUCUAUUCCCCUAUACCCCUUCCGCCCUCAGCCUGGAGACCCUACAUAUCCCCGCCAACCUUGGCCUGGAUUUCCUCACCCGGGUCUGAGAACUCAGGGGUGUCGUCCUGACUGGCCAGGCGGAGCAGGAGACCCUGUCUGGGAUGAGGCUUUGGGGCUCUCUCCCGGAAGUGCAGUGUCAAGCUCUCCAUCAACCUCCUGGGUCCAACACAUCCUGACAGAGGUUCCCAGCUGCAGGCACUGCACCUCUCCCCCUUCAGCCUUGCCCCGCUGUCAUGUGUAGUUGGCAAAGAGACAGAAAAACUGCACAGCUGUAAGAGAAAAAGUGCUCCCCAGUCACGCGUUUGCAGUGAUAUCACAGAAACACCAAAAAAAUAUUCAUUUCAUUCCUUGUCUCUUAAUACCUAAAACUUCAAAAACAAAAUGACUUGAAUGGUUUUGAAACAACAUGACUUUCCUGCAUUUACACAUAAUGGCAGUAGUAUCCUAUCGCUGCAGGCAUUUGUGUUGGCAGUUGAGGUGGAGCACUUUAGUUCAUUUCUUGUCAGGUAGUUCUCACUGAUUGCAUAUCAUUUAUCUGCCACUAACAAAAAUGGUUUGA